AUGUGGUGGAUAAAUGCCCAGAAGACGCCCGAGAGACUAAAUGAGUUUACCUUUGUAGUAUACCCGCUCUCCAAGCCAGUCGUGGAGAUGCGCAAUGUCUUAUUUCCAUUGCUUGUCAUGUUGGGAUCCCGAAACCACGACGACGAUAAUAAGAACUUACACAGCAUGCGUAACGGUGGAAUGGGUCCCGAUAAAUUACCAUAA